AUGGCACACAACGCUUUUGUGCAUACACCUGUUCCCGUUAAGAGCAACGUCGGUCAUGAGCAAACAGCGCUAUACCACGAACGUCAUUCAGGCUCACCAAAAGAGAAGCAGAGCUCGCUAUUCAGGUACGUCGACAUUACUAUUCGUAACGCACCCAAAUCUGUUGACACCUAUGCACUCACGGACGAAGGUGCAUCUUGCAUUUUAAUUGAGAGCGAGGUUGCAGAUGACCUUGACUUGGACGAGCCGUCCAAGGCGUUGUACCUGCGAUGGACUAACGAAAUUACUCAAAGCGAAAAUAACUACAACUGUGAUCCUACGGGCAGGGACCGAAUGGAUGAUCAAGUGAAGGCGUAUUUUACUAUCGACACUAUCGGUGUCUAUGCGCCAGCUAAACCGCUUUGCUCAAAGGAUGAUGAACGUGCUUUACAAUUGAUGAAAAAAUCCACCAAGUUUCUACCAACAGAAAAGAGAUGGGAAACAAAAUUGCUAUGGAAACAAGACGUCGUCGCUUUACCCGAUUCACUUCCUAUGGCGCGCCACCGACUAAUGUGUCUGGAUGCCAAGAUGAAGCGGGAUCUCCAACUCCACCGCUUUAUGGUCGACGAAAUUGACGACUACAAAAAAGGGUUACAUACGCAAAUUGGAGUCAUGCGAUAUAUCGAUAUGCGCCAGAUCAUGGUACAUCCCGUAUUCAUGGUGCUUAUCGUCAACAAGAACAAAACUAGAUUGGUACGGGACGCUGCAGCCAAAGCUGAAGAUAUGGCGCUUAACAACAUGCUGUUAAAAGGACCUGAUCAGCUAAGCUCCAUGAUGGGCAUUCUCCUUCGCUUCCGCGAAAAGCCUUUUGCAAUAUGCGGAGAUUUACACGCGAUGUUUCACCAAGUUAAGGUAGCCAAAGAGAACCAAGUAGCGCAGAAGUUUUUAUAG